GGUUUCAGAAAAGAAAAUGGCUGACAUCGGAAGACAUAGCAUUUAUCGAUGCAAUGUCAAUGAACGCCACCUUUAAAUCAUGAUUUUCUUCCUUCUGACUCAAUAUUAGUAAAAUUUGUUGUGUGAAGCAUGGAGAAUCAGGUCAAUAAUGUUCAUCGUGCCGCUGGUAUCAGCAUUGAAGAUGAUGUCAAUGCCCUGCGGCAGCGUGUUGGCGAGUUGGAAUCUAAUCUUCGCAGUGUACUCAAUGAGAGGAAGACGCAGGAGGCAGACUUUGCUCACAAGAGGGCCAAGUUUAAGGAGAUUUUCCUCUCCAGAGAAGAGGAGCUGAUUAAAGAGGCAGAGAAGAUGCGCUCUGAACGGGAUGCCAAGGAGGCAGAGUUGGAGGAAUUGAAGACGGUGGCAGCCAUGGUGGAAUCUUCCUAUCGAGAGGAGAUGGAGGAAGUCAAGCUCAAGUGGAAAGGGGAGGUGGGCACACUGCAGGCCAUUCUUGGAGAUGCGGUUGCCCAGACAACAGAAGAGACAGCCAUGACCUAUCAGCAGGAGCGGCAGAAGCUUCUAGCUGCCAAUGAACUGCUGAAUAAUGAGCUGCAGAGCAUGCAGCACAUGAUGGCUGAGAAGAGUCAAGGCCAAGGAGCUGAAAAAGACAGUGUGUUCUCCAGCAUGACUCGAUCCCUGCGUAACCUGACUGGGUCUAAUUCCCCAUCAACAACAAGAGAUGAAAAACAACAUGCAGCACAAGAGCCACAACCUGCACCCCAGCAACAACCUCCAUCUCAGCAGAAACACACACCUACCAAGGAAGAGGAAGAUCUGGAGAGGAGUAUGUUGACGGCACAGAAAGAUGCUGAGAUCCUGCGCUCUGUAGUAGUUCCUUUGGAGAGGGAGAUCGCAUCUUUGAAAGACAAGCUUCAUAAUGCUGAUUUGGAGAAAAGAGCUCUGGAACACAAGAUAAGGAAGUACAGUUUGGAUACCCUGGGAAGUACUACAGUGGACAAAGCCCAGAGUCCAGCCACUCCCCCAGAAACCACAGUGAACACUGCAGCUGAGCUGGAUGAAAAGGUUCGGACGUUAGCCAGUGUUCUUGAAGCUGAGAAGACAUCUCGUUCAGACAUGGAGCUUUACGUUGCAGUGCUGAACAAACAGAAGAAUGUGAUGCAAGAAGAGAACGACACAAUGAGAGAAGAACUCAGAGAGGUUUGUCGACUUCUGGAAAAGGAAAAGCAAGAACACAACAACCUGAAGCAAACUUGGCACAUGGCCAACAAUCAGUUCUUGGAAUCCCAGCGGCUGCAGAUGAUGGAUAUGCGACGCAUGGAGAUGGUGCUGACUGAAGAGCAGCAACGUCAGGUGAUGGAAGCACAGAAGAAAGAUCAUGAACGAGAAGAGGCUGAGAAGCGAGUUGAGGAACUCAAGGAGCAGCAGAGGGUGAUGCAGGAGAAGGAGACAGAGAGGUUGCAACAGCAAGCACCGCCAGACCAGUGGCCAAACACCUCCGAGCCUCAAGACGUCCCAUCCUCCCGUUCCCUUGCCCUCAAUGACCUUGAUCCCACUGAUCAGGAGGACAGUGAUUCCAGCAGGGAACCAAGUUCCAGUAACCAGAGUACGAGAGUGAUGGUCAACUCGUCAGCGUCAGCGCAGAGUUUCACGACACCCAGUCUAGACCCAGAGGAGCUGUUGCAAUUUGAGACGCAAGGAGGCGGCACACCAUCUGGUCAGUCAGGUUCUCCAUUGCAUCGUAGUAUCUGUGAGAUCGCUGCUCAUAGUUUCUCAGACAGCGCAGUGUAUGGCAUGGAUGCUGAGACAACAUCACUAUCAUCUAGCAUCAGCCUGACUGAGGCCCAGGAACGUGCAAUUAGUGGUGAGACACCUGAGAGUGAGGAGAUGAGAUCGGUUCUUGCCAGUGCCAGGUCACGUUCUGACAUGUUUCCCUCGCUAGCUGGUAAGAGGAUGGUCAGUGAGACAGAAUGGACUAAACUACAAGAAGAGAUAAGGAUAGCCAGAGAGAAGCUAGGAAGGCCAUGUGACAUGUGCAGUAAUUAUGAGCAUCAGUUACAAGGCGUACAGACCAGGGAAGGAGAGUACAAAGAACUCACACAAAGCCUCAGAUUGGAGUUGGACACAGAAAGAGAAAAUGUCUCCCGAGAGAAAAGACUUAGAAUGGAGCUUGAGGAAAGUCUACAGAAUGCUGCAGAGGAUGCACAGAGCCAGAUCGCUAAUGCCAACUCCAUCAACCAGGAAUCGGAGAAGUUUCUGACGGAUCUCAGACAGCAGUACCUGAGAGAACAUAAUGAAAUACAUGAUAGACUCCAAAAGCUGAUGGAAUCCAGGGAACAAGUUUAUCAGGAGGUUACCAGACUACAGAGAGAGAACGAUAGCUUAAGUGCUAAGAGAACUCUCCAUGUGUCUCUUAUGUCUGGAGACGAUUUCAACUUGCCUUGCCAUCCAGAUGAGUUACAGGCCCUGUGUUUCAAGUACAGGGAGGACAUUGUGACUGUGCGCGUCAAUGCUGAGCACAUUGAGGAAAAGUUAAGAAACGAGAACAGCUUCCUGAAGGAACAGCUAGAGGCAGAACAACACACCAAGAUGACCCUGGAGGAUACCUAUCAGAUGGAGAUGGACGAAUAUAAGGAGGAACUCAUGCUGUUGAGGAGUCAGAGGGAUGACUUUGAGAAGGAGAAGAAGCUACUUGAAGAGACUCAGCAGUCAUUGCAGGAAUUACAGGAAACCAAGAAGAAUAUUGAGACCAAGUCCCGAGAGGUCAUUGCUGCAUUACAAGCACAGGUGGAGGAACUGCAACAAGUGAAGGGCAAGCUAGAGACAGAGGCCAGGGAGAGCAAGAACAAGCUGCAGUCUCUACAAGUGGAGUUAGAUAACAGUGAAGCAGUCCAGAGAGACUUUGUCAGGUUAUCACAGUCGCUGCAGGUCCAGCUAGAGAACAUACGACAGAAAGACAAUGAAGUACGAUGGGCACAUGAAGAUGAUAUUGAGCAAUGCAAAGGAUGUAAAGCAGGAUUCAGCUCCAAGAAGAAAAAGCACCACUGCAUGCAUUGUGGUAAAGUCUUCUGUCCAGAGUGUCUUAGUCACACAGUGGAGAGUGGUCCACGCAAACGCAAGAUGCCAGUAUGCAAUAUCUGCCACACUCUGCUGGUCAAUGAGUCAGCGCCGUAUUUCAGCAAGGAAGCCCCAGAGUCAUAGCAGCAGAGGAGAUGGGUAGGUGUAGGCUGCUAGAUGUGUGUUACAGGCCCUAGGAAAAUCAGUUAUUGGAAAGGAAAGAUCCUUGAUUCCAGCAGUAUGGAUUGAGAGGGUUAUAGAUUGUGUGCAGGAAUAGCAGAUGACGCUGUGUGAUUACUGUAUAGAGGUCCGUAGGAUAAUGUGUGUCCAGUAUGUGGUUGCAGCUUAUUAGCUAGCCUUUAGUCAAGUCCCACGCGCUUAUCCGGACACGUGACACACCCCGGAUGCUGGCACGUAAAAAGACUAGCACGAGCGGCGAAGCCGCGAGGGCCUUUACCAUCUCGUGGAGAACGCUUAUGUUUUUCUUUACAUUUGUCUACCGAUUUGGUAGACAAAUUUUCAUGCAUAAUGCAUGACAUGUUGUGAAUGCGUGCGCGUCUUGUUUUUUUUAGAACGCGUGUGGCGCAUGCGCCCGAGGGCGCGCGCGUGUCAUCACCUCAAAAAUGGCUUGUUGGUGGUGAUUGGUUCAUAUAUAUCGGCAUGCAUGCAUGAUUCAUUACACAUGAAAAAAUGAAUAAUGAUUAGCUCCAUGAGAUGGUAAAGGCGCUCGUGGCUUUGCCACUCCACUGGUCUUUUUUCGUGCCAGAAUCUGGGGCACCACGCGUCUUAUUAGCAGGAACCGCCUUUCCUAUUUGUGGGUAUCAUGUGCUUGACAGCAGUGGUGGUCUGUCAUAUCUCUCUACCACUGCUCGGGGUUCUAAUGCACACAGUGCAAAGAUGAACUCAUUCUGCAAAUGCAUGCUCCACCAAAUUUUGAAAUAAUUUGGUAGGAAUCUCGACAAUUUACUUCAAAAGUAUCCUACACACAGAAACUUAUUUUUACCUCAUUUGUUUCUCUUAGAAGUCAGCUGUUCUGAAUAAACGAUCAAAAUUUCCAGAUUUUUUUUUCCAAAAAAAAAAAAAUUAUUUUUUUUGUCUUUCACAGCUUUUUGGCUUAAAGUGUAUAUUUGUUGAGUUUGCCAAGGCAAUAUUGUCUUCAUUAUAGUUUUUUUUUAAUAUUGCGUUAUUUCGUCCUUGCUAAAGAGCACGUCUAAAAAAAUGUAGGCUUUCCAUCUUCUGUAAAAUAACAUGAAUAAUUUGAAUGUUUAAAUUGAAUGAAUGUCUACAUAUGAAUUCUUGCUUGACUGAAUGAAGGAAGCACAGUUGCCCUGAUAACCAAAUAAAAUCACAAUACAUGUAUUUACAAAUUGUGUUCUGAAGGCCAGCUGGUGGACAUACAGAAAGAUUCUUCAGUCCACCAUGAUUCAUUUUUUUUUAACUCCACGGACAAGAUUGAGGCCACAUACAGACAUUCAUUUUGAGACUUUAAACCCUUAUGUCAGACACCAUUGUCUUUGCUGUAUAGGCCCAAUUCCAUGGCUCUGCUUACCGUCAGCGAAACAUCCCGGCUUACCGUAGUAGAAACUUUCAUGCUUACGGUCAGCGUAAUUCACGGGGUAGCGAGGAAUUUCAGCUUCUGCGCAUGCAUACAUCCCGUAACUAAGGAUUCUGUGCUUACAGGGUUAGCGCAUA